GUCCGGAUCCCGUCUUCGCUCCCUGGGUCUCCUCUUUCUCUGGGUCUGUUCCUUCGCAUCUGGGGCUUUUCUCGUGUCCGUGUUCCUCGCCCCCCUCCCCCCAUUCCGCCAUUCUCCGACUCCACGAGGCUCGGCCGGAAUAUACACAUACCUACACGCUACUUUUCGCAAUUGAGACUUCUUGAGACGCUUCUACCGAGAUCGACACCAUGCCUGGCUCCUCGCGAAUGCCCAUCAGCUUGCUCGAGAGCCUCAACACUGUUAAGCGAGUGCGGCCGACGAAUCCACUCCAGCUCUUUAACUUCGAUUUACUCCGGAAUAUCAUCUUUUUCUUCUUCGUACUGCGUAUACUUCGACAGACAUUCUGGCAGCUCAAGGGACGCGGCAUCAUCGGCUCCAUCGUAGAGCUAUACCGGGAUGCGCGGCGUACGCUAUACGGGUAUUUCCUGCGGGCGCCGGGUGUCCGGACCAAAGUGCGCAAGCAGAUCAACGAAUCCUUAGCCAAAGUCGAGGCGAAGAUGAUACCCACUACUGGUACCCGAUACCUCACUCUACCGAAAGAAGGGUGGACGGAUGACGAGGUGCGAAAGCAGCUCGAGACACUGGCCAAUAUGGAGCACACUAAAUGGGAAGAGGGCUACGUAUCCGGUGCCGUGUAUCACGGAGAGGAAGACCUGCUAAAGAUACAAACUGAGGCCUACGGCAAGUUUACCGUCUCGAAUCCGAUACAUCCGGACGUCUUCCCAGGCGUGAGAAAGAUGGAAGCCGAGGUUGUUGCCAUGGUCCUUUCUUUGUUCCAUGCCCCGCCGGCUGCUGCCGGUGUGUGCACGAGUGGAGGGACGGAGAGUAUCCUGAUGGCAUGCUAUAGCGCGAGGCAGAAGGCGUACGCCGAGCGCGGCGUUACCGAACCCGAGAUGAUUCUCCCCGACACCGCGCACACGGCCUUCCGCAAAGCUGGCGACUACUUCAAGAUCAAGGUUCAUUUGGUGUCUUGCCCUGCACCGAGCUAUCAGGUCGAUGUCCACCGUGUAUCCCGUCUCAUCAAUUCUAACACCAUCCUCCUUGUCGGGUCUGCGCCCAACUUCCCCCACGGUAUCAUGGAUGACAUCUCUGCCCUCUCCAAGUUGGCAUUUAAACGCCACCUACCAUUGCACGUCGACUGCUGCCUGGGCUCAUUCUUGGUUCCCUUCCUCGAUAAAGCCGGCUUCGAGACGGAACCUUUCGAUUUCCGGCUCAAGGGCGUCACCUCCAUCUCGUGCGACACGCAUAAGUACGGUUUCGCGCCGAAGGGCAACUCGACGGUGCUCUAUCGCACCCAGGAACUGCGCACCUAUCAAUACUUCGUAUCACCCGACUGGUCCGGCGGCGUCUACGCCUCGCCCGGCAUCGCGGGCUCGCGGCCGGGCGCGCUGAUCGCGGGCUGCUGGGCGAGCAUGAUGCGCGUGGGCGAAGCCGGGUAUAUAGACUCGUGUGUUAAGCUCGUGGGAAGCGCCAGGAAGAUCGCGGAGUACGUCUCCAACUCGCCAGUGCUGAGCACGGAACUCGACCUCAUCGGCCGACCGCUGGUGUCGGUAGUGGCAUUCACAGCGCGCAACCUCGACAUAUACGACAUAGCCGACGGCAUGAACGCCAAGGGCUGGCAUCUCAACGCGUUGCAGAACCCGCCAGCCGUGCAUGUCGCCGUCACGCUCCCGGUGGCCAAGGUCUGGGAGCGCCUCGUCGUCGACCUCGAGGACGUCAUCGAGACCGAGCGCGAGAAAGAGCGGGUCCGCGUUGUCGAGGGUAAGGGGUCGUCCAAGAAGGGGACGACGGGCGACACGGCUGCCCUGUACGGCGUCGCCGGCAGCCUGCCCAACAAGGCUGUCGUCGUAGACCUGGCGAACGGAUUCCUAGACCUACUGUACAAGGCGUGAUGAUAACAGACGAGCGAGUAAGAUGACAAGGUCGAGCGGCCGAGCCAAGUCGCCGUCCUUUUUUUUCCCUUCUACAUUCAAAGGAAAGGGCGGCGG